CCAAGCAAAGCAGUGCUGCGAAGCAGAGGCCGCAGGGACUUGUCAAAGACCCACGGCUGCCUUCGCCUUUGCUGCUGCAGUCAACUCUCUUAUUCCUUGCCUACCUUUCCCGUCGCCUCCUCAGUCACCGUUUCGCAGCGGCAACACCAUCCAUAACAGCUAAGUGGUCAAUUCUGGGACUUGGGGUUGGGAAUCAGGGCGGGUGCGAGGCGUGGGCAGUACAAGCCAGCCCGCCAUCUCCUGCGGCAACCGCCACUGCUGCAGACACUUCUCCCGAGCGGGAAAGGAGAACACUGUCAAAAGGCUCACGCUGUAUCAGUGUCCACCGUCAGAGUUAGAGCGUUUUUGUCAAGACUUGGCGAAAGCCUUUUGAUUGGGGAAGGGAGGACGCACUGUGAGAUCAGAAAACAGAUAUAAUAUUGAAUAGUGUUGACUUUUGGUCCUCUUAAUCGAACAAGUGUCAGCUUUGCUUAAGCCUCCUUAAACCCUGAGCCAUGUCGCCCCCAACAGUGCCUCCGAUGGGUGUAGAUGGCGUGUCCGCAUACCUGAUGAAGAAAAGGCACACCCACAGGAAGCAGCGACGCAAGCCCACUUUCCUCACGCGUAGGAACAUCGUAGGCUGCCGCAUUCAACACGGUUGGAAGGAAGGCAACGAGCCGGUGGAGCAGUGGAAGGGCACAGUGCUCGAGCAGGUUUCUGUGAAGCCCACCCUCUACAUCAUCAAAUAUGAUGGCAAAGAUAGUGUAUAUGGACUAGAGCUGCACCGAGAUAAGAGAGUUUUAGCGCUAGAAAUCCUUCCUGAAAGAGUGCCAACUCCUCGCAUUGAUUCUCGUCUGGCAGAUUUCCUGAUUGGCAAAGCGGUGGGGCAUGUGUUUGAGGGUGAGCACGGUACGAAAGAUGAAUGGAAAGGCAUGGUCCUGGCGCGAGCUCCCGUGAUGGACACUUGGUUUUACAUCACCUACGAGAAAGAUCCUGUCCUUUACAUGUACACGCUGCUGGAUGACUACAAAGAUGGUGACCUGCGCAUCAUUCCAGAUUCCAACUACUAUUUCCCUACAGCAGAACGGGAGCCUGGAGAAGUGGUCGACAGCCUUGUGGGCAAGCAAGUGGAACAUGCCAAAGAUGAUGGGUCCAAGAGAACCGGCAUUUUUAUCCAUCAAGUGGUGGCCAAACCGUCUGUCUACUUCAUCAAGUUUGAUGAUGAUAUUCACAUUUAUGUCUAUGGCUUGGUGAAAACUCCCUAAAUACAUUGUGCUCUUUACAAAAGUCGUAGAACUAUUAAAUGUAAAACAUGUCAUGUUCUUGCAAUUGUGAAUUUUUGAGAAAAGUUUUGGUGUCAGAGAUUCAGGAAUUUAUUACUUGUUACUGAUUGUGCCUCCAAAUCUUACAUUGACUAGUUCCACCGUUUUGUCCCAAGUUUACAUUGGUACUUUUGAUAUUGCCUUGUUCUGUAACUGAAGAGCUAAGUUGGGUGCUAAUAGGAAAUUGAAAAGUAUUCAUGACCAUUGGAACAAUGAAAAACUAAAGAAAAAUUAAUGGUGUAACUCCACACCAGGUCCUUUCCCCCACUUCCCUCAUUUUAUUAUCUCCCCUCUUUCUUAUUCCCAGGUAACAAAUGUUAAGAACAUGAUGUAUAUCCUUCCACGUUUUCCCAUCCACUUGCAGAAAGUUUGUUGUAGUCUUUUCUGUAAAAAUGAAAAGCCUCCUCAUUUCCCUGUAAUUGUUUUUCACAUUUGGAAUAUUCAUCGUAUCUUUUCUAAUCAGUAGCUACGAAUCUUUCUCUGUCCCCCUCUCCCUUUCCCCUCCUCUCCACUCCCUGUUCCCCUCUGCCUUUUUCUCUCUCUC